AUGUCUCUCCGAAACACCCUCCUCUUGGCCCUCUUCGCCACCGCCGCCCUCGCCUCCCCGGCCAAGUCCAAGCCCAAGCACGGCUCCGGCUCCGGCUCCGGCUCCUCCCACACGACCCCCGCCGUCCCGGCCGGCACGGGCACUUCUUCUCCCUCCGCCGGCGCGACGAACGGGACCACGGGCGGAACCAACACGGAUCUGCAAACCACCUUCCCCACCCCGAAAGGCUCGCAGAACCUGAACGCCGUCAAGACCAUCGCCGCGGGCCAGUCGUUCGACGGCGGGAUGCAGCUCUGGGACCGGAGCCCGAGCACGUGCAAGGGGCAGACCGAGGGCGGGAACAAGGACGCGGUGUUCAUCCUCGAGGAGGGCGCCACGAUCAGCAACGUCGUCGUGGGGCCGAAUAACGGCGAGGGCAUUCACUGUCUGGGGAGCUGUACCAUCAACAACGUCUGGUUCCAAGACGUCUGCGAGGACGCCAUCACCUUCAAACAGACCUCCGGCACGUCCUACGUCAACGGCGGCGGGGCGCGGAACGCCGAGGACAAGGUGCUGCAGCACAACGGCGGGGGCACGGUGGCGGUGAGGAACUUCUUCUGCAAGGGCUGCGGCAAGGUGUACCGGUCGUGCGGGAACUGCAAGUCCGGGCAGUCCCCGCGGAAGUCGACGUUCGACAACGUGCGGCUGGACGGCGGGAAAGUGCUGGCGGCGGUGAACGGGAACCUGGGCGACACGACGGAGGUGCGGGACUCGUGCGUGCUGGGCGGCGCGGACGUGUGCGAGGUUUUUGAGGGGAAUAGUAGCGGCGCGGAGCCCAAGAUGGUCGGGAAGGGGCCGGAUGGGAAGGUUUGUGUUGCGAGGAAUGUGAAGACGAGCGGGUGUUAG